AUGAGAGGACAGGCCCCCAAGGGCCGCAGUAGCGGCCUACCCACGACCUCCGGCGGCAAGUGCUUCCAGCUCUGGGCCCUAGGACUCUUCUGCACCGAGCGCCACCUGGCCAAGCGCCUGAAGAACAACAGCUUCUACCCGUUCACACAACAGCAGCCCAAUGUCUUCGUGCUCGAGUACUACCUGGACACACUGUGGAAGGGGGCGCUGCUCUUCGUCGUCUGCCUCUUCCUCGUCAGCUUCGGCCUUGUGAGCCAGGUGCUGAAGCAGGAGACGUGGGGCUUCCCCGCGUGCGGCGUGGGCGUUGGCCUGUGGCUCAUGAUUUCGUCUUUGCCGCGGCGCCGCCUGGUGCUGAACCACACGCGUGGCACAUACCACUUCUCCAUCCAGGGCCGCACCGUGUGUCAGGGCCCUAUGCACCUGGUCUACGUGCGCCUGGCGCUUAGCUCUGACGCCUAUGGGAGCUGCUUCUUCCAGUUGGUUCUGUGCGGCCACAAGCUAGAGCCCCUGGUGCUGGUGCAGCUGUCGGAGCGCUAUGAGCAGACGGAAUACCUGGGCCGUCACAUUGCCCGGAAGCUCAACAUUAACUACUUUGACUACCUGGCCACGUCAUACCGGCACGUGGUCCGCCACUGGCCUCUGGGGGCUACUUUCAGCCCGGGCAUCGUGCAGCGCAAGACGGGCCCUUCCGGCAAGCGGAUCUCCCAGCAGGACCUGGACGUGUGACGCUCCAGGCAGCCCCCGCCCCGGGAUCUCCCGUCCCCGCCAGUCUCUCACCUUCCCCCGACUGGUAGUCUCCCUCUCAAUAAAGCUGUCUCUUGCCA